CGACGUUCCGGAAGUGCUUCUGGAGAAAAAUUAUAUUUUUCGGUGUCUGAAAAACAACUUCUGCUACUAUCGAUCAAUAGCAUUUUUUCCCUGAGAGCUUGAUCAAAUAUAUCAAUACUAUAACAUAAGUUCUCUUUUAAAAGUAAGUACUUCUGACCAAACAGGCUAUAGGUCAACUUUCAGACGCCACCAUCAGAUCACAUCAUGUUCAUAUAUAGUUGAUCCCGAGUUCUUCGCCAAAUGGGGUCUAUUUUAGCCCCAUUUCAAUUUUAUGGAAUGGAAAAGAAAGAAAGAAAGAAAGAAAGAAAAAGUCUUCUAAUUUUGUCUAAUUAAGCCCAGGCAACUUCAGUAAAAGGCCUAAAACUAGCAUGAGACAAUUUUUAUAUUAACGGUGAAAGAACUGAAGUUGCACCCCAACUUCAAUCUUCUCGAAAGGUUAUUUACCAAUUUACCGUUGUAAAAGGUCAUUUACCAAUUUUAAUAGUUCAUGGGAUAACACUAGGAAUACUAGAACUUGGGAUGGUUUUGAAUCUUGUCUUCCCCAACAACUGUAAAAGUGGCAGUAGGCUUAUUAUUACUUUACGAAAUAAUAAUAUUGGUAGAUACAUUGGAGGUGAAAAAUCAUUUCAUAAAUUGUAACCUUUAGAUCCAGAAAUAGCUGAUCACUAUUCUCCAAGAUGAUGUGAUGGUAUGCCUUUAGCCUUUUGAAAUGACAGCAGAUAUGUUGCGUGCCUGAGAAAGAAUAGAACUUGAAUGGAAUGGGAUACGCAAGAAAAUAGGUCAAGAUGAUCAAGAUAAAUUCUCAAAGAUUUUGAUCUAUUUUGGACUCUUUAAUUUCCUGAGGAUACACAAAUAAAUUCUUCUGAAUUGAUCAACAUGUGGGUUGCUGAGAAAUUUAUAGGAACUGAAAGGAGAAUGGAUGCAACAGAUUUUGGUGUAGACUACCUAAACAACUUGGUGGCUCGGAAUCUAAUCCAGGUUGCUAGUAGAGGAUUUGAUGGAAGGAUCAAAAGUUUUCUAUUUCAUGAUCUGAAGAGAGCAACUUUUUCAGAAGGUAGACAACAGAGAUUUUUGGUGCUACUAGUACCAGAAUACGUAGACUUGUUCUCCAUCCUCAACAUGUCACCGAAUUUAAGCACAAAAAUCUGUCCCUUCCAGAUUAAGGUGUAUUCAGUAAAUCUCCAGACACUGUACAAUGUACGAUCCAAGAAUUUGAAACCAAGCUGUUUCUCUAAAUUCAUCACUUUAAGGAGAUUGAAGAUAAGAUAUAUCUCAGAAGAGGUAUUGAGGGCAUUGAUGGAUGCAGAAAUUUUGAUGACAGAAUGUAUACAAGCGUGACAGGGGCGAUCAGCAGUACAUAUUAUGCACAGACAUUGAACCUUGCUGACUAUCAUCAUCUCACCAAGCUGAAUAUUGAGCACAUACCACUGAAAAAACUACCCAACGUGGAAGCAUUUCCUCCAAAUAUCAUCAAACUUACUAUUUCUGCAUUUACAAUGGUAGAAAAUCCAAUGAAAACUACUCAAAUUGAAUAGACUACUCAAAUUGAAGAUCUUGAAACUCAGAAACUUUUACUGCUAAAGUGUAAAAGGCUGGAUUGCUCUGGAGUAUAUAGUUUUCCUCAACUUAAAGUGCUCGAAAUUGAAAAUUGUAGUAGUCUAAAAGAAUUGAUAGUGGAUGAUAUGGGAAUGCCAAAGAUCAAGAAGAUUGUAGUUCUUAAUUGUCCUUUACUAAAGAAAGUCUCAGGGUGAUUUCAGUGCAAAUUUUUGGAGAAGACAUCUGAUGCAAAAAGAAGGAGAAAAUAACCAGUGCUGAUAUUGUUGUUUGACAGGUUGACACUCCAUGACAUAGUUCAUUUAUUUGUUAAGACAUCCUCAAUGUCCACAGACUUGCUUCAACAAGUUUUCCCUGCUAGACUCACUGCAUUUCAUAGGCACAAACGAAUCAUGAUACCCCUUUUCUUCAUUCCAAUUCUCUCUUUUUUCCCUUACAUCUGUAUUCACUUUCAAAACAAUAAUGGAGAUUUGGUUGCCAAAUGGAAAGUAUUGUAAUUGUUCUAAUAAUAUAUCACAGAAUUCAAUUUCUCAA